GGCCAACUGGCAGGAUGAAGCGAUAUUCCGAAACGGUGAUCGGUUCCCGUCGUCACGACAUCCGCAGUAGCAGCAGCACAAUCACAAGCACAGGAAGGAAAGGAAGGGAAGGGGAGGGAAGGGCCACCGCUUCGGCUGUCACUGAAGCUUGCCCCGGACACGGACCUCGUCUGCUUCUUCUUCUGCCUCGUCGUGGUGGGCGGUGUUGGUGGUCGCUGCCUUCGUCGUCGUCUUCUUCUCGGCGGUGGCCAUGGCUACCGUGGUGCCCGUGAGAAGUGUUACGGGAGCUGCGAGGGAUGUGCCUUCCGCCUGCUCUUCCGCUUCCACAUGCGCUUCGCCGGCCUGCUCCGUGAGGCUCGGAGGCUUCGGGAAGGCCAAAUGCGGAGCCGACUUCGAGCUGGUGGGAGGACCUUGCUCGCCUCUCAGUGUGAAAAACGGGAUUUCAAGCGUCCGAGUGAGGGCGGAGCCUGUGGGAUUGUUUCACCCUUUGAAUUCCAGUUUCGGUGAUAGACAUGCGUCUGUAAUUAGGAGAAGAAGCUCGAGGAUAGUGACAGUGAGCGCUAGUGUGGAAGAGGGUGUGAAGGACAGCGGAGCAGGCGAAAUCACCACCACGACCUCGAGCUCUGACUCUCCGAAGGUAGAGCCCCCUUCUCCAUCAGCAUCGGGUGCGAAGAGUCCUUUCAAAAGCGGUGGAAAAAUUUCUUCGAUUGCUACCAAGCAGACUGCGGUCGAUUCCAAGCCUCCAGGCGUAAGUGAAGAAUCAGCUGCCCCGAGAAAGCCAGCCCUCGUCAUCGGUGCAAGGGAGCCUCGUCCGGCAGGGCAGCUCUCGCCUAAAGCCGCAGACCAGCUGAAAGUGUCGAAACCUGCCAGCGUCUUCACGCAAGGUGCAGGAACUGCCAAACCCGCCAGCCCCUUUGCUCAACCCGGAGCCGCAGCAGCGAAGCCAUCGAGCCCGUUCACGACGGGAGCUGCAGCUGGAGGUGCUCAGAAACCUGUCAGUCCUUUUGCUCAACCUGGAGCCAGCCCAGUGAGACCAGCCAGUCCAUUUGUGCAGCCUGGAACACGAGGAAAGCGAGUGGUGGAUGCAUUCAAGGAUGGAGAGAAGGAAGGCAAGACCACCAAAUUCGGACAGCCCGUUGUACCAACCAAUAUUUUCCAGGAUGUGAGAAGAACCCCCGAAGAACAAGCCGCCGAUGCAUUCAAAUUCAGUAUCAACCCAGGCCAGCUCGUCCUGGUUUUUUCAUUUUUGUUAAUUAUUGGGCUUAUGGUCGGUACCGCUGCUUUGGUGUGGAAACUCGGUGGAAUUCACUAUAAUGAAUACUAAAUUGUG